AGAAGGGGGAGAACAAGGACGAUCCGGUGGAUGAGAGUCAUUUGAGAUCUAUUUUUUGUUUGAAAAAGAUCAUCGACAUGAAGCGCGUUGAGGAGACCGAUGAUUGCUUUAUUCUUGAUUUUAACCCUUUCAACCCCGUUGACGUUGCCAAGCUCUCCGCCGUCAAUGAUGGCGAUGUUGAUGAAGAACUCUCCGUGGUCGCCGAGCGUGGCCAGGUGGCCUGCAGAGAUUAUCCACAUUCAAGGCAUCUUUGUCUGCAAUUUCCAUUUGAUACUACACCUCAUGACAAACACUGUGAUUUGUGUUACUGUUAUAUAUGCGAUUCGGCUGCUCCAUGUGAGUGUUGGACGACACAUUUCCAUGCGGCGGAGCAUGUGGCGGAUUGGCGAUCACAAAGGCUAGUGAAGAUUCGGCCUAGAACGCUGUGAAGAAACUCUCUGGAAA